AUGGCUACCCCCAGUGUCCUUACCUUUGAUGCUGAGGGUUGUGCUGUUGACUUGGAGGUCUGGGUCGAUGACCUCCAGCUCUUUCUACAGUGCCAUAGGGCAGACGGACUCUCCCUGUUUGAUCUCACCUCUAGUGCCUCUCCUGCCCCGCCUGCUACUGCUGACACCACUGUUCGCUCACAGUGGGCCACACGCGAUGCUGCUGCACGUCUUGCUGUGCGUCGCCACUUACCGACCGCUGAGCGUGCGCACUUUAGUCAGUACAAGAGUGCUAAGACCUUGUACGACGAUGUAGUUGCACACUACUCUUCCCCUGCCACUGCUGCUCUUAGCCGCCUCAUGCUGCCGUACCUGUUCCCUGACCUUGCUGCCUUUCCCACAGUCGCUGACCUCAAUACGUACCUUCGCACUAGUGACACUCCCUACCGCGCUGCACUUCCUGCUGAGUUCUGUGCCAAGAACCCUCCCCCCAUGGGAAUUCCCCCUCCCCUCUCUUGCCCUCUGUUGCUUCUGCUGCUGCGGCCGACCUCGUUGGUUUCAAGUCGGUCGGCGCUGCGACUGCCCCUAGCGGGAGACGCCGCACAGGCAAGGGCAAGGGGGCCAAGGGCGUUGGAGGGGCUGGCGGGGGCGGUGGAGGUGGCGGUGGAGGCAGUGGAGGGGGUGGGGGUGGUGGUGGGAGUGGUGGCGGGGGUGGAGGUGUCGGUGGCAGCAGUGGAGGCGGAGGAGGCGGCGGCGGUGGCGGUGGGAGCGGAGGCGGCGGAGGCGGCGGCGGCAGCGGCGGCGGUGGAAUUGGUCGCGGCUCUGCACAAAGGAGUGGCUCCGGUGGUGGUCAGCGCCAGCAGAAGCAGCGCACUCGUGAGACCCUGUCCCCCCAGCAGCUUCGUGAGUGGUACGCUGCGCGUCAGCGAGUGCGGGGGCUCGCACUCCACCCAGCGCUGCUUCGGCCGCCUGACGGACGCUUGGCGUCACCAGUUCCCUGACGCCACUGAGAUCCCUCGCUGGGGAGAGCUGUCUAGGGCGGGUGUUGCUAUCUUUGAUCUUGACUAUGAUGCUAUUCUUGCUGCCAUGUAUGCUGUGUCUGCUAGUGAUGAGGGUGACUGUUACCUGUGUGUUCUGCUUGACCCGGGCAUUCAGGCUGCUGCUCUAGGUGCUGGUGAGGCUGCUGCUCUAGGUGCUAGUGCGUCUGCUGCCCCAGGUGCUGGUGAGUCUGCUCUCUCAGGUACCACGUCAGCUCAGGCCUUACACACCUUCACCCUUGACUCGGGUGCUUCCCGCUCCUUCUUUCGAGACCACACCACGCUUACGCUGCUUAGUCGGCUGGUUGCGGUCUCCCUGGGAGACCCCUCUGGGGGUCCUGUCCUUGCUCGCUUCUCCACUGUCUUGCCGAGUCCGGCAGCCCCCUCUGGCACCCUGUCAGGUCUCUACCUCCCCUCGUUCUCUACGAACUUGGUGAGUGGUGCUGACCUACAAGAUGGGGGGGUUGACGAGUUCACUCCUGCGAGGGCGGCAGCGCGCCGCCCCUCACUCCUCCGAGUUUCUCCGACAGAGGCUCCCCUGCAGACUCUUCACUUGGACGUGUGGGGCCUUGCCCGCGUCCGUGGCCAGGGGCACGAGCGUUACAUCCUGUUGGUGGUUGACGACUACUCGCGUUACACCACGGUGUUCCCCUUGCGCAGCAAGGGUGACGUUAAUGAGGUGUUGAUCGACUGGAUCCGCGCAGCUCGUCUCCAGCUCAGAGAGAGUUUCGGCUCGGACUUUCCUGUUCUGCGUCUGCACUCUGACAGAGGCGGGGAGUUUUCCUCAGCACGUCUGGGAGCCUUCUGUCGUGCACAGGGCAUUCGCGAGACCUUCACGCUUCCGGCCUCUCCACAGCAAAAUGGGAUUGCUGAGCGCCGCAUUGGCAUGGUCAAGGACGUCGCUCGUACGUCCAUGAUCCAUGCGGCUGCUCCCCAUUUUCUGUGGCCGUUUGCGGUUCAGUACGCAGCGCAUCAGCUCAACCUUCAACCCCGGCUGUCCCCCCGUGCUGUUCCCUGCGUCUUCCUUGGCUUCCCCCCUGACGCGCCUGGUUGGCAGUUUUACCACCCCACCUCGCGCCGUGUUCUGUCCUCCAAGGACAUCACCUUUGACGAGUCGGUGCCUUACUACCGACUCUUCCCCUACCGCACUGCGCCCCUCCCCCCGCCGCCGCUCUUCCUUGCGCCAGUCGAGCCUGUCGAGGUAGCUGUUGACUCUUGUGCUGCUAGGGGUGCUGAGCCUGCGGGUGCCAGGUGUGGGGGUGCUGAGCCUGCUGGUGCGGAGCCUGGGAGUGCUGAGUCUAGGGGUGCUGAGCCUGCGGGUGCCGGGUCUAGGGGUGCUGAGCCUGGGGGUGCUGAGCCUGGGGGUGCGGAGCCUGGAGGUCUGGAGCCUGGGGGUGCUGG